CUGACGACGACCGGAUCGAUCGACCCAGCGCGCGCAUGAACGAACGAAUAACAAGCGUAAGCGAUCGAACACCGACUUGAAUCGCAAGCUCGAUCGCAGUCGCAGUCGCAGCGGCAGCGGCAUGGUGUCCUGGAAGAGAAAGUGCGGCGGCGGCGGGGAGUCGCCCGCCCGGGGCGCCGGCGAGGAGAAGGCCGUCCCGAGAGGGCACGUCCCGAUGCUGCUCGCCGGCGGCGCGAACGGGGAGGAAGGCGAGCGGGUGCUGGUGCCGGUGCGGCUGCUCAGCGACCCUUCCGUCGCGGAGCUGCUGGAGAUGGCGGCGCAGCGGUACGGGUACGGCCAGCCGGGGGUGCUGCGGGUGCCCUGCGACGCCGGCCACUUCCGCCAGGUCCUCGACGGCGCCAUGCACAGAUGCGGCGGCAUCAGCUCGUCAGCCUGAAACGAGAUGGCUGGCUGGCUGGCUGUGGCUGCCCAUGACCAUGAUGACGACGACAACGCGCCCCAUGAGGGGACUUAGCUAGUAAUGCAGAGCAGCUUCAGUUUAUUAUCUGUAUGUAGUACUAGUACAUAGAUAUUUGAAAUUAGUUUGUUCUUUCUUAGGUCGAUUAAAUUCUUUGAUGAACAUAUAAAUAUAUACGACGAUCGAUGGUUAUAAUUU